GAGCCGCUGUAUUCUGAAGUAAACCGGACCACAAGAAACACACGUGUGGGAGGUUGACAUUGGAGCCCCGCUUAUACCGACCAUCUAACAGCGUUUCUUUGAGAGGCAAACAUCACCAGUGGCUACAAAUACAUAGAACUAUACAUUUUACUACCAUUUUUUAUUCAUAUCUAUGCAAGAUUCCAUUUUUUUGUAAAUUAUUGAAUGGACAUGCAUCUCCUCACUGUCGCGCGUGAGAUAUGCAUACAAAUAGGCUAAUCUCCAUGCGCGUAAAAAUUCCAUCCCACCAGUGCAUACGGAUGUAUUACAAUUCCACGAAAGCAACCGGGAUAUACAUUAUCUCUACUAAGCAACAUCAAAGAAGACCUUGAAUUCUUCAGAGGAGGGAUGAUUGACACGAGAGGGAAUUGACCGACUUGUGGAAUAACGGUGGUCGCUUGAUCACAGUGCGAUCUCUAUCCCUGGGACUUGUAAUUCUGGAUGGCCACCUGAACGUCUUUAAAUCGUCCCGGAACAUUUUACUGUGAAUACUGUCAAUGAGUGAAUGUGAAUCCUACCUGGAACAUUGGACCGAACCUUCACUUGUUUCUGGAUCUCCAUCGUCGGGCUAUCAUUUUAUAAACUGUAACAGAAGGGAGAUCAAAUCCAAGCUGAAAUUGCCGCUGGGAAGGACUGUUAUUUCCCAGAGAACUCAUGUGGAAUAGUGGAAUUCAUGAAGAAAUAUUUGACUUAUUUCAAUAUGAGGCUUAAAACAUCGAGAUUAGGCUACCUGUUACUUCAGUUCUUAGCGCUGUGUUUUUACACACAGAACACAGUGCAGUCCCACUCCCCACCUCCUAAUUUCAAGCACCAUGUGAACGAGCAGUGCCGGUUGUCUGACCGGAUGAGCCGCCGGUUGAUUCGGACCUACCAGCUCUACAGCCGGACCAGCGGUAAACAUGUCCAGGUUCUGGGAAAUAAGAAAGUGAAUGCCAUGGGCGACGACGGAGCUGUGCACGCCAAACUUGUGGUGGAGACGGACACGUUUGGUAGUCGUAUUCGGAUCAAAGGGGCAAAGACGGGCUACUACAUCUGCAUGAACAAGACGGGGAAAUUGAUUGGCAAGCGGAAGGGUCGUGGUAAAGACUGCAUCUUCACAGAGAUCGUUCUGGAGAACAACUACACUGCUCUCCAGAACGCUAAAUAUGAGGGCUGGUACAUGGCCUUCACGCGUAAAGGAAGGCCCCGCAAGGCCUCCAGGACCAAGCAACACCAGAGGGAGGCCCACUUCAUGAAACGCCAGCCCAAGGGCCAUCUCCUGGGUGACACCCAGCCCUUUGAUGUCCUCCCCCUCCCCGUGGUCCCCUUCCACCCCCGGAGGACUAAACAUACCCAUCACCACAGCUCAGGGGCCCACUGAGGAAAGAACAGACGAAGAAGAAGAGGAAGCAUAGGGAGGGAGGGGAACACACCAAACAAAAAUACCACUACCACAUUUCUGCUCCUUGCAAGGACUCCUUUUUGUUGUGUUUUGUACUGGAUUGUGUCUAAAACAAUGAGUAGACUAUCUAAUCUGUUACGUCAGACCAAGGUUUAUUUGCAGGAAAGAGUUUUUAUAACCAGAGGACGAUUUUAGUGCUCAAGCACUCGAUGAGAUUUGAAUGAAUGAAAGGACAUCUUGGGCUUAGUGAUAACCCUACUCAGCUAUAAAGAGAGGAUGUUAUGAGAGAGAAAUAAUGAAUACACAUUACAUGGCAGCUAUCUUUGGAUCAUCAUGUGGUUGCAUCAACUAAUUAACAGUGAAUACACGUAAAACACUUUAUUUUGCAUUUAGGAGGCCAUUUGCGUUCAUUUUCGUUAGUCUGUUUUCUACAUAUAUGAAUAUAUUUUUAAUUGGAAGAUUUGUAAAAAUACUUUUAAAUGAUGGAAAUAUUUAUUGUAGAGUGUAUAUUAAAAUCACAAAAUAAUUUUGAGUCAAUGCGCCGUUUCUAACUAUUUUUCUAGCUGGGUCACUUUGGGGUCCCAAAGGUUCUAACGUUGCCUAAAAAAUUGGAGACCCAGAUAACUAAGGGGCAAUAUCUGUGACAGGCUACUGCAAUUCAAUGUGCUCAGCAACUGAGACUUGGGCCUGAAUAGCUGGGGCUAUGCAUUAAAAGCAGACGAGGUCAGCCCACAAUUUUGUUUCGAGACAAAGGUUACCACCAUGUAGUUGCAUUUCUCACGAUCACACACCGUAACCCUGUGAUCAAAUGGGCCCUUUGUGGCCCUCAUAUAAAAGGACAUGUUAUACAAUAGUGGGUUCGAAUAAUAACACAAGGAGGGGUCAGUUAUCAAAAAGAAGCUAGUCUCACAGGAGGGAGGGAGGGAGGGAAAGCGAAAGAGCACCGGGGCUCAGUGUGGCAAAAUGUGGCACCGGCUGAAAGAGGGGGAAUGGCUGGGAAGAGGCAUUCGGGAAUGAAAGGACGAGGCAGAAAGAAACCCUCUCUCUCCCAGGAGCAACUGAGCAUGACCGGCAGAGGCCAAAUGACAGGGGGAAGAAGACCCGGUCGGCCUGGCUGCACCACAGAAUCAGAUGACAGGGAAGAAGACCCGGUCGGCCUGGCUGCACCACAUAAUCAGAUGACGGGGAAGAAGACCCGGUCGGCCUGGCUGCACCACAGAAUCAGAUGACAGGGAAGAAGACCAGUUCGGCAAGGCUGCACCACAGAAUCAGAUGACAGGGAAGAAGACCCGGUCGGCCUGGCUGCACCACAGAAUCAGAUGACAGGGAAGAAGACCCGGUCGGCCUGGCUGCACCACAUAAUCAGAUGACGGGGAAGAAGACCCGGUCGGCCUGGCUGCACCACAGAAUCAGAUGACGGGGAAGAAGACCCGGUCGGCCUGGCUGCACCACAGAAUCAGAUGACAGGGAAGAAGACCCGGUCGGCCUGGCUGCACCACAGAAUCAGAUGACAGGGAAGAAGACCCGGUCGGCCUGGCUGCACCACAGAAUCAGAUGACAGGGAAGAAGACCCGGUCGGCCUGGCUGCACCACAGAAUCAGAUGACAGGGAAGAAGACCAGUUCGGCAAGGCUGCACAACAGAAUCAGAGCAGACCCUCUAUAUUCCCUUCCUCUCUUCUUUCUCACUGUUUGAAGUCUGGAUGUCCUAUUGGUUGUUUGCUAAAGGUCGGAUUCCAAAUAUGAGGAAUGGUUUUUCAGUAUAGCUAAGCGCCAAGCGCCAAGCGCCGCCAGCUUUGAGGACUUGCAAACGAAUGAACAACUGAAAGCUGUGAUCAAAAAGGUUCAAUAAAUCUGACAGGAUAAAAACUCUGAACUUGUUGUGUUAUUAUUGUUACUCCUAUUGAGAAAUGAAUGGCUAUCCUCAUGGCUACUAGGACACAUCGUGCACUUUAAUUGAAGCAUUAUCCUGCUCUGCCAAAUGAGAAAAGACAGCAGUGUACGCAAAUCACCCUCCAAAUGGUCGUUUCAUUCCGUGUCCAAGAUUUUAUUUGGACAACACA